UCGAGGUUCCCAAGGGCAGGCUGGACAGAGGAGGACCUGAACAUACAAAAGGGAGGAAAUAAUGCUGGCCAUACAGUUGUUGUAGAUUCUGUAGAAUAUGAUUUUCAUCUUUUACCCAGUGGAAUAAUUAAUCCAAAUGUUACUGCAUUCAUUGGAAAUGGUGUGGUAAUUCAUUUACCUGGGUUGUUUGAAGAAGCAGACAAAAACGUUCAAAAGGGAAAAGGUCUAGAAGGCUGGGAAAAAAGGCUUAUCAUAUCUGAUAGAGCACAUAUUGUAUUUGAUUUUCAUCAAGCAGCUGAUGGCAUCCAGGAGCAACAGAGACAAGAACAAGCAGGAAAAAAUUUGGGUACCACAAAAAAGGGGAUUGGCCCAGUUUAUUCUUCGAAAGCUGCUCGGAGUGGACUCCGGAUGUGUGACCUUGUUUCUGAUUUUGAUGGCUUCUCUGAGAGGUUCAAAGUUCUGGCUAAUCAGUACAAGUCGAUAUACCCCACUUUGGAAAUAGAUAUUGAAGGUGAAUUACAAAAACUCAAGGGUUACAUGGAAAGGAUAAAACCAAUGGUGAGAGAUGGAGUUUAUUUCCUAUAUGAGGCUCUACAUGGACCACCAAAGAAAAUCUUGGUAGAAGGUGCAAAUGCAGCACUACUAGAUAUUGAUUUUGGAACAUACCCUUUCGUAACCUCCUCAAACUGCACGGUUGGAGGUGUUUGUACUGGGCUGGGGAUGCCUCCCCAAAAUGUUGGAGAAGUGUAUGGAGUUGUGAAAGCUUAUACUACUCGAGUUGGUAUUGGUGCCUUUCCUACCGAGCAAGAUAAUGAAAUUGGAGAAUUGUUACAAACAAGAGGUAGAGAGUAUGGUGUAACUACCGGGAGGAAAAGAAGAUGUGGCUGGCUCGAUCUCGUUUUACUCAGAUACGCUCACAUGAUAAAUGGGUUUACUGCGUUGGCACUUACCAAGUUGGAUAUCUUGGACAUGUUUACGGAAAUCAAAGUUGGAGUGGCUUACAAGUUAGAUGACAAAAUCAUACCUCACUUCCCAGCAAACCAAGAAGUCUUAAAUAAAGUUGAAGUUCAGUAUAAGACUCUCCCAGGAUGGAACACAGAUAUAUCAAAUGCCAGGACAUUUAAAGAACUACCUGUUAAUGCUCAAAAUUAUGUUCGGUUUAUUGAAGAUGAGCUAAAAAUUCCAGUUAAAUGGAUCGGUGUGGGCAAAUCCAGGGAGUCCAUGAUCCAGCUCUUCUGAGGAUUGCCAUUGACGAGGCAAGAAAACACUCCUUGAGAUGGCGGGGGAAGGACUUUCUUACUGUUUCAUAUAUGAUCUUCAAAUUUCAAGAAUAAAAGCAUUGCCGUGAAUUGGAGCCCUACACUUGUUUCCGGUCUCGGCGCCGCCGGCGGACGGCGCUCCCCUUGGCGUUCCGGGCCAGCGGCCUUCGCGGCGCGCGUGGUGCUCCGGGAAGCACGUUGCUGCUCACGCACAGUGCUAGUGUCGUCCGUGUUUGGGAACCACCUAGAACUACGUCCAGUGUAGUGUUUAUUCAUGCUGUCAUUGUGCGUUCUUAGGGUUACCUCUGGUAAACGGUAACAAUAAUGCAGUUUUGCACAAGUAUUUUUACAUUCUGAUCAUACAAUUCUGUCAUUGAAAUCUUUCUGUUACAAUAAAAUGGAGAUGAGUUCUGUAAAUUUUUGUAGUGCUAUAAAUUCCAUUUAAAUUGUGAGCUGUUUAUUUUCUUCUGAGACCAUUGCAAAAUUGAGUUUUGGCAGGGGUUGGGGAGAAAGGAGUUCUAUUCAUGGGUUCUUAAAUUUGUACAGAACACAAAAUUUAUUUCUCUCUGUAAGUUAUUUAACACAUUGAGCAUUUCCCUGAAUGUUCAAAGAGAAAAGGUGUUCCCUAAAACAACCUUAAUGUUUAAAAAAAUUAGCUAUUAAAGAUCUGUUGUGAUAAUUUGGUGGACUUUUUUCUUUAAUUUUAGAUAAGAACUCUGAAAUGUAUACUUCCUUUUUUAUCGUAACCGUAUUUCUAAAUCUAGUGGAAUGAUUUCAACAUUAUGCCUGCCAAUAUGCCUACAGAAGAAUUAUGUGUACAAAUGAACCCAAACUGUCGGUCAUAAUUUUGAUCAUGCCUUUAUUUCUCCUUUCACUAGAAAGAGAGGUGUUCGUUUUGACGGUUAGGCUUAACACGCUGUGCUGUAGAUUACCCUUCAGUGAACUAUUUUAAAUGUUCAAAUUAGAUGCCACUUAAAUUUAUGACACCAUCAAUAGCUGAUUAAACAGAACCAAAUA